AUGAUGCCAGGAUCGUCUACAGGUAGGAAGCGCACUGCUGGAAAGGUUGGAAGGAAGAAGAAGGCUGAUAUUAGUUGCAUACAAAAUGCCACAACCCAAAAGAUUGCUUCAAAGGUUGUCACUCGUUCUGUUGCUGCAGCAUCUACUGCUAAGUCCGCAAUCACUCAAUUGAACAGUCCUUCCAGCAAACAGAAGCCUGCUCCAUCCAUGACCCGCGUUGAAGAAAAAACGUCAACUGCCCCAUCUGAUUCAGAAGCUCCAGCCUCGAGCACCAGGGCUGAACAGAAACAGAAUUCUGCUCCAUCCAUGAAAAACGUUGAAGAAGCAAUGGUGUCUGGCCCAUCCCAUUCUGAAGCUCCCUUGGCAUCAGAAGAUCAUGUUCAUGAUGAACAAAAGGUGAUUGCAUCCCUUCCAACAGAAAAAAGCAUUCCACCACCACUCAAAGACAAUGAUCAAGUUGUACCACAACAAGAAGAUAAUGGUGAUGACGGAGAAGAUAUCAGGCAAUCAUCACCAGAGGACAACGGCCCGCCUGCACCGCAAUUAGAACAUUAUGAGAAAGAAGAAAAGGUGACCACCCCACCAGAAGCGACACCCUCCCAACCAUCAGAGAAUUGGAGCCUGUCGUUAUCUGAUGAUAGUCUGGAAGAAUUCUCUGACGAGAUUUCCGAGUGGUCUUUUGCGUCCUCUCACCGGACUGCCAUUCCUGGUGACGAAGACUAUGAAAGCAACAACGAGGAAGCUGCUCUCAGCCCCGUUACUGAAGCUAGAGACUGCCACACUACUUUCAAACACGGACCCAACAUCUCCUUUACCAUUCUUGACUUACCAUUUGAAAUGGCUCAAGGUGACGAAAUCUAUACAAAAAGAAAUUGGAGUGUAGGCAGACUUCAUGCCAGGGUCCAAGGCUCCAAUACACUAAAGAAUGUAGAUUUCGAUGAAGGUAUUUCCAGUGACGAGGUGAACCAUCUAGUGUGGAAUAGUCAAUCGGAAAUCAGGCAUGUUUUGGGUAAAGGAGAGAAAAGCGGGUGUAGGGACAAGUAUCUUGAAAUACUUGGUGCUCAAAUUGGCUUCUUGAAAAGACAAGGGAUCGGUGCCAGAAUAGAUGCAAUGGAAAAAAAAAGGGAAGGGAAGGCAAAAAAGAAAGUUGGUCCUGGCGAUGAAGGAGUUGGUGCACUAGAAACAGAGAUGGCAACAAAGAGGGCUCGGAGGAAAGCUGGCCUUGGUGACGAAGACUUGAAUGACUAUUGGGAUCCAUCAGGUGUAACAAGAAACAGAAAGCCAAACAUUGGACUAUCUGCGGAACAAGUGCAGUUGAGGGAGCAGCGGAUGAAGAGGACCGAUCUGAAAGCUGUUUUUGCAAAUGACAAACCUACACAUCAUACCGAGGUCUUUAGUAACUUACUUUUGCAGUCAGAAAAUCUUUUGCAAGCCGCCCGCCAAGACGAGAAUGAAAGGCGUGUAGCCUCCAGAAUGAAAAAGGCUACUGCCCAAUACCAAAAAGAACUCAACCGCUGCUACAGGAAUGAUAUUGAAGCCAACAGGUUCAUCAAAAAGUACAAGAUCAGCCCCCCAGUUCUCAACAAGUUCCAGGACCAUGACGAAAUUUCAAUGAUACGAUACGAGCCACCUACCGCUGAGAAAGGAAACAAAGCGACCUUCACAAUCACUUGUGGCCCAAAAAAAGGAAUACGCAUCCCCAAUGUCCGAGUUGAAUACCUCGAAUAUUACCUUGGUCGUGGAUUUGUUGAUAAUUGCAUCUCAUUUGGAGAAAAGUGUGCUACAAACGGUCUAAAUCAACCCUCUUUCCAUGUACCACUUGGAGACAGCAACUCUGACAUUGCGUCUGACAUCUGUCUUUUCAAGAUUGACAAAAACGGUAAUGGUGUCAAAGCCUUACCGUUUGUCCAAGGUGCCAGUGAUUGUUGCCUUGGGUUUUCACUGGCAAACGCAUUGCACCAUCUCAAGUAUCAUGCCAAGGCUCAUGCCCUGUAUGCCUUCUCCCACAAUCUUACUGAUUACGAUGCCACUUCUCAAUUCAAAAUGUUGUCCCACUGGGUCCACUGUUCUGUUGGAGCUGUCGAGUGUUUGUCAGUCAAAGCGUCUCGGAAAUUUGACGGGCUUAACGGAUUUGCCCAAUGCAUCACACUCCUAGAAGAACAAGAACUUGUUAUUUUUGUACCACAGGCGAGGGAUGGGACCAAGACUCAUGCUGUAACAUUCUGUCAUGGAUUGAUAUUUGAUGCCACGCAACAAUACCCCCUGAGGCUAUCGGAAGAGUCCCUUAGUUUCAUCGCCGGAUCUGCAGGUUUUGCAGGCAUCUGGCGUGCACGUGUCUUUAGCCUUACCAAGAACACUCCAAAGUAG